GCUUUUGUGUACCCUUUUGGGUCAGAUAUGUGUGGUAUCCCAGAUCUCGGUAAAGAGAGAAGCCCAAUGUUUGUUUAUUAUUUUUUUUAAAAUUCCCCCAGUUUGGAAAAGUAGAGCACUAAUAUUUUAAACCUAACAGUCGUAUCUGUAGACAGUACAUAAUAGGUAAGGCAUCCCACUGCAUGAAACCAACAUCAUUAAAUGAACGCGUUACUUAGCAUAAAUGCUUAAUUCAAGUCUUUUCUACCAUGCAGUAACAUGUGCGUUUUGAGUUUUGUGUCUCUUAAAUGAUUUUCUCGGUCAGUCACUUUUUUAAAAUGCUUUUCAAAGUAACAACUUUGUCAAAGUUGUUAUUACUGUUAUUAUUACUGAUACUAUUUGUCCAAACAUUUGAAUUACUCAUUCACUAGUGACUAGUGAUAAGUCUAAAGGCCCGAGGGGGGGGGAGUCCCUACAGGGGCCAUCGACUCCCCUCCCCCUCCCAGGUGGUGGAUCGACCUCCCUCCCGCCCCCCGCCCAGGUGGUGGAAGCCAAUUCUUUGGGUCAUGGACAUGGUAUUGGUAUUUAUUUCUAGAGUUCAAUAUGAAUAUCAGUUAUACAAAAAUUUACAGUAAUUAGGGCCUUCAGUUAAAAUUCGAAAAUUGACUGAGCAAUGUUGACUAUUAUAUUAUUAUUAUUAUUUAUUAAUGAAAACAAUAACAAUGAUUUUGUAUGAUUAAAAAGUUUUGUUACCAUUUUGCUAUUAGCUCAAUAACGCUCAACAUUGUUCAGCUAACAGAUCCAGUGAUUGUUCAAACAAUGAAUUUUACUUUUAGGACUAGUCUAUAUUUUUUUUGUUUUUAUAUUAAAAAGUAAAAGUAAAAGAAAGAAUAUCAGCCGAAAACAGGGCAUACUGCAGUAGUCAGAAAAUACUCAAAAGUAAAACAUUACAAGAGAAAAAAAAUAAAACAAUUAAUAAAACUGUAAUAAGACCAGUUGUAACAUAUGCAAGUGAAACUUGAUCCCUAACCAAAACAGCAGAAAACUUAUUAAACACAUGGGAGAGAAAAGUUCUCCGGAAAAUAAAUGGACCAACAAAGGAUGAAUAUGGAUGGAGAAUACGAACCAACCAUGCAUUGUACAGUCUAUAUCAGGAUCCCAUGAUGGUAGCAGAAAUAAAAAAGGGCAGGCUACGCUGGGCAGUGGGCAGGACACUUAGACUUAGAGAGAAUGUCAAGUGACAGAGGAGUGAAGAGGGUGGAUCAUCAAAACCUCAGAGGAAAAUGGCUCAAAGCCAGACCUAGGCUUAGAAGGAUGAAUGAUGUGGAAAAAAGAUCUACAACAACUGGGAAUCCAAGCAUGGAAAUGAAAAGCAUCAGUUAGGUCUUAGUGGAAGGAAAUAGUGAGGCAGGUCAAAGCCCUACACGGAAAGUAGCGCCACAGGGAUGGAUGGAAUAUUAAAAAGUCAGUGGCUGGAUGGCUCUGCUGUGAAAAUGUGACUGUCCCAAACAAUGCAAUCCAGCAAAGCUCAGACUAGUUACAACUACUGGACACUGGAGUUCUUUAAUGGAACAAGCUUUUUUUCUAUUUACAAAAACCCCAGGCCUUAUAAUUUCGUUACAUUGCAAAAAAAAAAAAAAAAAAAAAUUUUGUUUUAAAUUUUAUAAAAAUAUAAAAAAUUUUAAAAAAAUUCUUUAAUGGAAAAAGUUUUUUUUCUAUUUACAAAAACCCCAGGCCUUAUAAUUUCGUUAAAUUGAAAAAAAAAAAAAAAAAAAAAGUGGGUGUAAAUUUGUAUAAGAUUAUUAAUAUUUCUAAAAACUACCUCAAGGCUGUUGCAGUUACAGACGGGACAAUUUAUAAAGAGAUUCUUCUUCAGAUAUAAGAGUUCUGUGUUUUACUAUUUUUCAAUAAUAUAGUAGCGAAUUGAGACAAAAGUUCAGCUAAUCCCCAAUCUGAUUCUGGGGGUUGGAUAAAAAAUCUCUCAGCUUUUGCAGUUCUCCAGGUAACAAAAGUAAUAUGGAAUAUAAAGAAAAAAAAAACAAAUAUUUAUUUUGUUCUUUUUCAUCAUACCUACAUAUUGUUAAAGAUUGAAUAUCCUUGCAUGAAAGCAGAUAUAUUUCAUCAGAUUUAAUUUUAUUUUAUUUUCAUAAAAUUAUGCAAAAUCACUAUCACUAUUUUCUGAAUAUGACUGCAUUUAAAUUUAUUCGAUUUCUGUAAAAAUGAUACAAGAUCAAUAUCAUUUUCUUUAAGAAUCCAUCAUUACACUGUCACAUUAGCUCCUUCCUAAAUAUAUUUUGGAAAUCUUUAUGAGUACUUAAUUGUACUUAAUACACCCUGGACACAUUUUAUUGUUUAUUUUUAUAUAAGAGAAGAUAAGAUUCUUAACUGAUCCAACUAAAUGGAAAUGUUUUUUUUAUUACAUUGUACACAUUCAGUUUUAACACAUUAAUAAAUGUAUAUUUAAACCUAAAUAACAUUUAAAAUUGUAACAAUUUUAAACACAAUACAUCUAAGGUACUUCUCUAGUGUAGAAAUCAGCCAUAAAUUGACUCCUUUAGUGACAACAAUGACUUAAUUAGUGAUCAUUUAGAUUUGGUAACCGUUGGGGGAGCACGAUGGUAAAUUUGUACAGACAGGAGAACAAAAUAAUUUUUAUAUCUUUCAGUCCUAGGUAUCUGUGAUAAAGUGGAAAGUGGGUGGGAUGUGUCAGUAUCCAAAAUAUUUUUAGUUUUACAACAGCUUUUUUCUUUAAAUAGUUCCUCAAGUGAAGGAUGUAUAGUUUGUGUGAUGCUACUAGCUUUCUUGAUUAGUCAAUUUAAUAUAAUCUCUGUCUCAUUAUACAUCAUGAUAUUUAUGACCAUAAUUCUUUUUAUUUACAGAUGAGUGCUCACGCUGUCACUGUUAAAGAACAAGAUAAAAGGCUUAUUUCGAGCAGGUCCCAGCCUUAUGUCUAUUUUAAAGUAAAAUUGUAAGUAAAUUCAUUGUAAAAUAUACUAUAUGAAAUGUAUCAAAUAAACUUGUGUUGAGUUUAAUUACACAUACAAAUAGUGCAUUCGUUUACUUUAUCAACUGUACAAAAACAAUUAAUGCCUUGUUUUGCUAAAUUUAUUUUUAACAAUGGAUUGUUUUAAAGUUAAAAGCUUUUUAUUUUUAAAUUUUGUAAGUAGCAGUUAUGAAAUCCACAUUUCUGUAAAACAUUUGUUUAUUUGAAAAUAAUAGUAAUAGGCUUAAUAAUCUUACUUUUAAAUGUAAUUUCAAAGUGAAAAUCAUAUAGUAGUUUUAACAAAUUUUCAUAUAUGAAUUUUUCAGAACUAUAGAAAAUGAAGAUACCAGUCAGAUGACAGAUGUAGUAUAUAAAUUUUUGAUAACAAAGGCUGUUGCUGAAACACUUGGUGAAGUAUGUUGAAACAAGAGGUCUAUUAAUGUUCUUAAAAUAAUUAUAUACUAUAUACCAUAGGCUACCUACUUGUUUUUUUCAAGUUACAUGUUCUCCACUGCUAUCUGUCCUAUUGAUUAGGCUUCUAAGGAAUGUACCUGGCUAAGGAUGGUAGCAGAAUUGUUAUCAGUUUUCAUUUUUUUUUCAGGUUGGUGCUGCCAUUUGUGUAGACCUUCUGAAACUCUUUGGCAACGGAGUUUCAAUAAUUAGAGUUCCAAGCAGGUAGAGUUGGUGUUAUACAAAUGAGAAUCAUCAUUCGUUACAGUAGUAGUGAGCAAAUUAACAGAUGGCUAAAGUAUAAAUGAGCAGUCUUGCUAUUCACUAAAAAGAAGGCCUCAAUGGGACUGUGCUAAACCUUUAUUUUUUAUCUAGUAUGCAACAAUAAUUAAACGUUAAAAAAUUUUUUAUCCUUUAAAAAAUUUUAUUUAUUAUUAAAAAUAAAUUUGAUGUUUGUAUGACUAACAAGUUUUUAAAAAAUUAACCUAAUUCACAUUAAUAACCCUUAUGAUUAAUUUACAAACAAUCUCAUUAUAUCAAGUCCAUCUAUAAAUCCUGAUUAGAGAGUGGAUAAAAGUUAAGCAGAUAAAUCUUUUACAAAUGAAAUCCUUGUUUUUUUUUUUUGCUUGUGUUACUGAUUUCAAACAUUACUAAACCCACCCUGACAUAUACAAUACUAUCCCCCCCCCCUCCAUUUAUGGAUAAAAGUUAAGCAGAUAAAUCUUUUACAAAUGAAAUCCUUGUUUUUUUUUUUUGCUUGUGUUACUGAUUUCAAACAUUACUAAACCCACCCUGACAUAUACAAUACUAUCCCCCCCCUCCAUUUAUCAGCUAAUAUAAGAUAAAUAGCUAAACUAUUGUUCCUCUGCACAUGUCAUAAUAAAUACUGUAAAAUCCCCUUUUUCUCUAUUUGAUAAUUUUGUUUAGAUGGGACAUUAACUUUGUUGCUUUUCUUUUCACAAGUUUAUGAUACAAGUUAUGUUGUUAUUAAACUUUUUAAUUAGAAUUUUGUCUCUUCUUGAUUUUCUUUGUUUAGCCACUCUGAAAAAUUAUGGGCAGCUUUAACACUUUAUGGGACAACACCUGCCCAGGCACGCUGUGCUUUCAGAGUCCUUCAGGUAAGUUGUUCCAUGGAAUGAGGAUGACAUUUUUGUUGUAUAAGAAAUAUAGAGUGACAAAUUUAGUGCAAAAUGAUUUCACACAACGUUCAUGCUUGGUGAAUCGUCUCACAGUGUGUGACAGAGUAAUGAGUUGUGUAGUGAUAGAGAGGGUAAGAGUUAACUCAUGGAGCAGAAUUGGAAGGUAUGGGUUAAAUGCUUUGUGCUAGAGUUAGGGAUCUAGAGCUGUCAGUGAUUUGCUUGAUCAAAACAAUUUUUUUAUCCAAACUUUUUUGUCAACUUUAUGUCCUUACCUAGCACUUUGUCAAUAACAGGUGCACCACACGGGAUGUAUUGCAAACCAAAUUAUUUCUUCAUUCAUUUAGUGAUUCUUUUCAAUCUUGGCACAAACAGACAUUUGACAUAUAUAUUUGUGACCACAUGCCCCAUUUCUUAUUGACUGAUUUAAAAAAAAUUAGAUUCAAAUAAGUAAUCUGGAAUCCUAAAUGAAAAUUAUAAAACAUAAGACUAUUUAGUAUCAACUAAGAUCAAAGGAUUUGUAUAAACACAUGUAAGGGGUACCUAACUUUCCUCUAGCAUUUCUUAUGUUGUUCUCCAACUAAGUGUAGCAUUAGGAAAACUAACUUCAGGUAUUCCCCAGCAUGCAUCCCUGCAUUUUGAAUUUUCAGCAGACUUUGAUGGGCAUCCUCUAGUUCCGUUCCCCUCCCCACACCAGUGACAGUGACUGGCACCUUUUUAUCUACAAUAAAGCACUAUGAUAAUUAAAUAAAUACCGUUAUAUUAAAGAGUUGUAUAUCUCAGUUAAAAUCUAUACAAUUUAUUUAUGUGAGGGGCGGCACGGAUAGAUGUGUUGUCAUCUGAGAAUGAGGUGCUUUAAGAAUAAAUAUGUAGUUGUGUAUAUCAUUCAUUAGGUAUUAAUUUGGCAUCUUCUUGAUGGCAUGUGGCUCACAAUCAAAGUGGCUUGUGAAGCCAUUUGGGUUGGCCACCACUGGUCUAUAUUAUAUUGUUUUGUAUUAUAUAAGAAUUUGAAUGUAUAAUUAAUAUUUCCUUUAACUAUUGUACUACAGUUAAACCCAAUUUAAACAAUGCAGAGCUGUAGCAAUGUUUAUCAUUUCAGAAGUGUUAUUAGUAAAAAUGGGCUUUAAAAUUUUUGCAAUAAUAGAUAAAACAGAUAAAGAAAACAAAAGUAGAUAAGUUGAAUAGAUAAAUAAUUUAAAAAUACUGUAAAAUAUAAAUACUCCAAAAAUGUUGAUGGAAUGAUUUUAAUCUGGUCUUUUAGGUCUCAUCUUUCCUAAUGGGGUUAGCUUUCGACACUACAGAACAUAGUUGAGUAUCAACAUAUCAGAGAGGAAGAAGUGCAUAUUAACAAGUUCUGACUCAGCACACUGAUACAGUAUUACUGUUGACAAACAGCUGUUCAAUUAAAGGGGUUGUUAGGUAGUGUUCUACCUGUUGGCCCACAGCUAAGGUGUUGUGUGUUUACUACCUGCUGGCCCAUGGCUGGGUACCAUUUUUAUAGAGUCAUAUUGCACACCGAUUUAAUUUUUUUUUGAGAGCCUGGAACUAACGGUGAAUGUGAGAGUAAGAGUUUAUAGAACAUUAUUUCAAUUGCAUCAUAAACUUCAUUACCAUUUUGUAAAUAAAUAUUUUUCAUUGCUAUGUU